AUGCAGCAUACAGAUGAGGCCCGAGAUGAUCAGAUUCGAUGGACUCAGCUACACCAGUACCAGCUAUCUGCUUCCUACAACCCACGGCGUAAAAACAUGAGCUGUUCAGGGAACUGUUCCUCUUCUUCCAAAAUACCUAUAGGUGUAUCGAUAACGUCGAAGCAAGACCCGGAGCAUGAAUCCGAACUCUGGUGCGAUGCCGAAGUCACAUCCACUAAUCAUUUGAAGCGCACGCACAUCAAGCAAGGAUACGUUGAUGGGCUCUCCAAUGCCAAGGAGGCCAGUCUACAAACUGGCUUUGAUGACGGAUAUCCUAUAGGUGCGCAGUUCGGUAUACGAGUAGGUAGCAUUCUUUCCAAGCUAGCACUCCGAGGUGAUAUAGAAACGUUUGAAGCGGCGAAGAGAGAAUUGAACAUUACUAAUAUGCUAAAGAAAAGCUAUUUCAAUGAGCAUCUUGAUCUUCCUGAAGGAGAAGACCAUCCGAUACUUUCCAAAUGGGAAGCGAUUUUGAAUUAG